CUCGAAUACAAAUUACCUGUUUCUCUACUGAAUGAUCCGCUGAUGAGUUUCUCGAAGUUUUUGCGUAUCUUCCAAAGAAUCAACAACCGGAUUUUCGAGCGCGACGCUGGUGCUGCCUACGACGCCAUCUCCAUGGACUUCUCGUUCGAGGAUAUCCUGAUAGCAGUUUCGACACAUCCCGAUGGGGCAGUUAUGUCAGAAGAACAUGGCUGUGCUUCUUCUGGGAGAACAGCGAAAGACGACGCUGCUUCUCGUGAUUCUCGUGGACCUAAAAGUAGAACACGAAAACAGCGCCAUGGCUCUCCACUGACUUCGAGGGCAAAUGGAGAGGGUUAUAGGAAAAAUUACUCCCCGUCCCCGGAAGAACGGAGCAGCCACGAUCGGCAAGAAAGAAGUGACAGCAACAAGGAAACCUCCAGAGGAGACACGACCCAUCAUCACUCUCCAACUUCCACUACCACAGACCUACAACAGCCUAGGGUCGGACGUGCAACAUCUUCGUGUUCAUGCACAACCAGAGGCAGAGCUCACCACGCUCAGACAUUCUGGUCGGAAUCGUCGAAAGCGUCGCAUACAGGCAUUACUCCUGCUGCUCGUCUUCACAAUGCAGGAAGUCUAGUUGAGGAUGACGGGAGCCCACCGUAUAUUGCUGAUCAUGUUGUUCCGAACAAAGGACGAGCACGAGCUGCUUCUCCUAACCCUGGUAGCACGACCUCUGAGCGCGGACGUGUUAGUCGGCCUGCUCACAGUGCUACUUCAACAUCUAGUCGUGCAAGACAUACAUUACCACAUCGCGAGGACCCGGAGGAUCGCGACGAUGAAAUUCCGACAGAACAAUCUUCAAACCGAAGAGAGCCUCCUCGAUAUGAACAUUGCAAAACGUCCUCGCGGAGCCGGAGCCGAACAUCUUCGUCCUUGUAUGAUCAGCGCUAUGACCACGACGUCUUAGGCUACGUGGAUGAACGGGUUAUGUUUACGAAUGUCAUCAAAGCACUGCAGCGUGCAGGCGUCGAGGACAAUGUCACCCUUGAAUUUGAAGACAAAAAUCCGAUUCGCCGUGUCGCUAGUAGCAAAGUAGUGGCCCACGCAGAGCGUGGACGUCGUAUGAAAACUAUCUGGGAACAGUUAAGAACGAGCGGGUCGAGUCUAAGAAAAACAACUUCCUCUGAAGAUGGUUGGGGACGAGGAGGUGGGAGUGAUGAUGCAGGUGAAGUGGCGUUCUUCGAAGAUCCUCUAGCAGAACCAGAUCGUAGUGAUGAGCACACUCGCGGUGGCCACCAUGGUAGGCCGCGUGAUGCGCCGAACACUGAUGAUGAAGAAGACGGGGGACUCUUCACAAGUGAAGAGCAGAAAACCCUUGAAGUUGAAGACGAAAAGAAUGAUGAUUUUUACAACAACGACCGGCAACGGCAUGAGAAACAAGGAUUACCGAGUGUACAACGAGGAGGCGUGAACAACGUUGAGACGACGCUCCGAUCCAGCCAUCAACAUCGACAUCGUGAAACGUCAAAACAGCAACCACAACACGUUAGAGAACGGGGCCGAAGUCGAACUUCAACAAGCUCACGAGGGGAGAAUCAUCCCGUCUCGGGUAGUGCUAGGGAAUCCAAGAACACGCGAAAUCAGGUUCUGGCAGACCUCUUGCGCGAAGAAGAAGUACAUGACUCAGGUGAUGAGAUGGCGGUCAUGCCAGUUGAGAGCUACGCUUCUGAUAAAACCGCCAGGACUAGGAAGACUGAACAUCUUCAUCAACUUAACCAACAUGAAGAACAACUUGAAGAUGCUCCUAGUACUCUUCUUGUCGGUCGACGUAGCAGGAGCACAAGACAUAAAGCUCUCGAGCAACUUCGAGAGGAAGAUGUUAUGGUCGGAAAGACGAGAUCGUUGCCCGUGAUGGUAGAACGCGCGCGAUCGUUGCCUUUAGUUGAAGAAGUUGUAGCCCUACAGCGUGAGCAAACUCCUGUAAUUGGAGCUAGAAAUAACGACAUACGAUUACGAGAUCAGCCAGCAUCAGCAAAUAAACGACUGUUGGCUUCAGAGCCUGACACGGAUGGUGAUGCAGCUCUUCAAAAGCCUCUUGUUCAAGAGCCUGUUGUACAACACGAACCACAGAGUAUUAAAGUGCCAGAAGAGCAGAGAAGCAAGAUGGAGGAGACGACGACAAGCGUUUUAUUCACCGGCUCUGAAACCUUGCGCAAGAAGCGCCGUCGUCCUGAAGGCGCUCCUGCCUUGCUGAUGGAACGAGGAACGUUAUGGAUAUUAUCGUGUUUCUCGCAUCGGCGAUCGCGAUUUCUAGUCUACUCAUUCCAGAAGGCGCUCAUUUUUUCAUCUUGUUCAAACUUAAAGCAGGCGUGAGCGAAGUUGGAGUUCUGCAGCAUCCUUAUCUCUCUAAGCAUCCUUGGCGCGUUCAAAAGAGGAAGCCGCAAUAUGGAGCCUCGCGCAGGGGAGCUCCGCAUGCUCGGAGCUCCAGAAUAUCAUAGGGGAAGAGCGGGAGUGGUACGACACUUCCGAUCAAAGGUCGAAAAUCGUUUUUUCUGUCGAUCCCUUCUUCCCUAUGCUCGAGAAGUCUACCUCUUUCAAGAGGCAACUCACACAUGGCUUCAUCUCAAUUUGGCUCUGGAUGUAGCUGUAUUCCUGUUCACCUUGCUUUGCUUCCUCUAUGACAGGUACGGAGCGUGUGUCGCGAAUUCUUUCAGGGCUAUAAUUUGUUGUAGGAACAAACGGAAGCGAAGAUGUCAGAAAAGAAUUUUUGCUAGAAGAUGUCGUGGACAAAAAAAAACGAAAUGGGAAUGACGUCAAAGUGUCGAACUACGGACACUUAUCUUUACAUCUAAUGAUAAGAAACCGAAUGUCGAGACCUGCUUUUUGCUUGUAGUUUCUUUUGCGCUUUCUUAUGAACGGAAAAAGUGCACUCACAGUCGAAAAAUUGGCUAGGAUUCAAGUAGGAAAGUAGCUAUUUUCUUGAGUGUGAGUGCACUUUUUCCUUUCAUAUUUCUCAAUAUGAGAUUGCUUAUAACCGAAGCCAAAUCUCUAUCUCGAAGAAAUCAAAACCAAAUCCUGAUAGACGAGAAAACCAAAUCUCAAACUAAGCUUGCACCUAAUGAUAUUGAUAAAAUCGUUUAAACUGAUGGCGAUCGCUGUAACCGUUUCCGUGAAAACAAUAUAUAAGUAUAAGUAUGAUAAGUAGUUUAUUAGGGAUAUUAAGGAUAGCUUCCUACUCAGGAAGAGCCAAGAGAAACCAUUCUAUUUUUGACAAUCACAUCAUUGUCAUUGACAAGGUGUAAAAAAACCAGACGCAGGACGCUAUGUUUUGUUUUUGACAGAUUCACGAGCACCACUUCUUCUACUACCUACAAAAGUGAUCUUCCGCGUACUUCAUCUCCAUUGUUCCACUCCCCAUUCGCC